AUGAGCAGCCAGACAAACGUCACCGAAGUACAUUCAAUCUAUGAUACUAUAUUAAUCCUUGACUUUGGAUCACAAUAUUCACACUUGAUAACACGGCGCGUUCGCGAGUUUGGUGUUUAUUGUGAAAUGUUACCAUGCACUCAAAAGAUCAAGGAACUUCACUUUAAACCGAAAGGCAUUAUUCUAUCAGGAAGUCCAUAUUCGGUAUAUGACGAGGAUGCCCCCAGAGUAGAUCCCGAUGUAUUCACGCUAGGAAUACCCGUCUUGGGCAUAUGCUAUGGCCUUCAAGAAAUAGCCUGGAACCAUAGCGGAUCAGUUGUGGCCUGUAAUCAUCGAGAGUAUGGACAUGCGAUGCUAAGUGUAAUCAAGCAUGCCGACCAUCCCGUUGUUGAUAGACUAUUCGAUGGAUUCGAUGGUGAUAUAGAGGUUUGGAUGUCCCACGGUGACCAACUCUCCAAAUUACCAACAAAUUUUCGUAUAAUAGGCAGCACACAGACUGCUCCGUUUGCAGCGAUCGCGCACGAAGAGAAGCUAUUGUUUGGCAUUCAAUUUCAUCCAGAAGUCACACAUACCCCGAGGGGAAAAGAGAUAAUUGGAAAUUUUGUCAAGAGUAUAUGUGAAUGUAAAACUGAUUGGACAAUGGCAUGUUAUAACAAUACAAAGUUGGGUGUGGGAGACUUGUGUAUUGAAUCGUUUAUUGACAAGGAAAUCGAACGCAUUAGACAGAUAGUCGGAAAAGAUGGAGAGGUUGUCGGAGCUGUUAGUGGGGGAGUGGAUAGCACAGUUGCUGCCAAGUUAAUGAAGGAAGCUAUCGGAGAUCGUUUUCACGCUAUUCUGGUGGACAACGGUGUCAUGCGUCUCAACGAAUGCGCAACCGUCCAUUCCUACCUCCAUUCGCAUUUGAAAAUCAACCUCCGCGUAGUCGACGCAUCAGACAAAUUUUUGUCGCGUCUCAAAGGCGUCACUGACCCUGAAAAGAAGAGAAAGAUAAUCGGAAACACGUUUAUCGAGGUGUUUGAAGAGGAAGCGGCAAAGAUCGAUGAGGUGACGAAAAAAAGUGGAAGAAAAAGCAUCGAAUAUUUGUUACAGGGUACUUUGUAUCCUGACGUUAUUGAAAGUGUCAGUUUUAAAGGUCCGAGUGCGGUUAUCAAGACGCAUCAUAACGUGGGUGGGUUGCUGCAAGACAUGAAGUUAAAGCUUAUCGAGCCGCUUCGCGAGCUGUUCAAAGGUACUUGUGAAACAAUGUGUUUGAUGGUUUCGCUUUUGGCGAAUGUGGCCGCCGCAUUGUUGCACUCAUGGUUUUCAUCUAACUCGAUAACUUUUGGUCAUGCUCUCGCCUCCUCUCAUCUCCCCAUCUGCCAAAAAGACGAAGUCCGCAAACUAGGCAAAGUUCUCUCUCUUCCCGAUGACUUGAUUUAUCGCCACCCGUUUCCCGGACCUGGAAUAGCCAUCCGCAUUCUCGGGGAAGUGACUCCCGAGCAAGUCGCUAUAGCUCGAGCAGCAGAUCACAUUUACAUUGAAGAGAUUAAGAAAGCGGGUCUGUACAGAGAAAUCGCACAAGCAUACGCGGCGUUGUUGCCGGUGAAGGCUGUGGGCGUGAUGGGUGACAAGAGGACGUACGAGCAAGUUAUUGUACUAAGGGCGGUCGAGACUACUGAUUUUAUGACUGCUGAUUGGUACGAUUUUCCACGCGCAAUACUAAAAAAGAUCAGUAACAAGAUUAUCAAUGAAGUCAAAGGAGUUAAUCGCGUGGUGUACGAUAUUUCGAGCAAGCCUCCGGCUACAAUUGAAUGGUACUUGUUCUGUCUGUUUUUGAUCCAAAAGUCUUUGGAAGGUUAA